AUGGAAUCAGGUCAAAACACGUUACAGCUGCUGCUUCUACUACCUUUACAUACGGCAUUUAACAGCACUGAUUGAGAAGCCAUUUCCCAAGCAUAGCUACCCUGCUUUGCUUUCAAUAUUUCAGUUCUUUCUCUCCAGAUAUUUGCAUAGCUGUCAACUUUCCCCUUUUUUUAAGGGAAAUUCCCUUAUUCCGAAUAGGAUUCCUCGCAAGAAAAGGGAAAAGCUGACAGCUAUGGAUAUUUGUAAUUUGGAGAGAAAAGGCGGCUCAGUAGAUGCCUUUCCCCCACAAGCCCUGCGGCUAUCACAACAUGCCUCUCGAUUUCCCUUUCAGGUCAGGAAGGUGAACCGGGUGCUCUCCAGAUCUUGUUGGAUUACAACUCCCAUCAGCCUCAGCCACGAUAACCUGGUUGCAGCCGGAUUUCAACAACAUCUGGAGGCACGCAGGUUCCCAUACCUGCCCUAGAAUAACAAGCGUUACGCCAGCACCGUUUCCUCCUCCGCUGCCGCCCGCCUCCCGGAACUCUUCGCGCACGCUGCUUCGUUUCGAGACGGUGUUCUUUAGUCGACGGACUCGGAUUCGUAGCUGCCCUGGCGACUGCCUGCUCCUUACGCCACUCAAACCGUUUGCCCCGAGACGCUGUUCGCCGCCGUCCCGAAGCGAUGAAGGCGAGCGUCGAGGCUCGGAGUUCGGCGUGACUCGGAAGCCGGACCGGAGCCCUGCGCAACGAGUGGGCUGCGGUUGCGUCAGGCUGAGUCUUCAGCCGGGCCCCUUGGCUGGGUGUGCGCGAGGACCCCUGGGUCCUUGGUUCCGGAGCGGGAUCGGACGGAGCGAGAAAGUGGCCAAGAUGAAUCUGGAACUGCUGGGUGCGUGGCUUUUUAAAUGGUCGUGUCGAGCCCUCCUCGGUCCUUCCCUUUGGUGGGGCGGGAGGGGGCCGGGGCGGGCGGCUGGGCUGCGCGAGGGGGCCGGGGCGCCUGGGACUUGGAAGACAGCGAGGUGCCGGGGCACCCGACCCGGACCAGGGGCUGGAGAAGCGCUUGGGCUGGGGCGGCUCCUGGGAGAAGGUCCCCCUCCUCACGCCCCUUGCACAAAACGCGGCUUCAUAAUUCUUGGCAGAGUAAAACCGACUGACACCUCUUUUAAGUUCAUUAUCAGCUAACAAGUCAGGGGAUGCAGCCCUGGGGGCUGGUUUAAUGGCAUGUAAAUUCGUGGUCGCCCACCUUCGCUGCUCACCUCUUCCUCUCCUCCUCCUCCUCCUCCACUGGCAGAAACUGCUACCCUGAAGUCAUGGCGGUGCUUGAUUUCCCAUGGCAGGUUUCUUUCCUCCUGCCUGCCCUGUUGCUAGGCCCUGUUGCUAACAAGCUGACAGUCCCGUUGCCAUGGCAGCCAUGCCAGUUUUGACCACUCGGUUUCUAGUGUCUUGGGACCAAAGAAGUUUCUUCAGGCUGCAGUAUUUGUUCACACAGCCGUGAGUCAGCCCCACUGAACAUAGUGACUGUUACUUCUAAGCAAGCAUGUGUAGCAUCGCACCAUUUCUGUGUUUGUGCUGCCCAGCGUUUGGUUAUGCGUCAAGGGUACACCCUAGGGAUCACACAUUUUUAACGUGCAAGAUAAGCGUUGCCCGUUCAGUGUGCUGAAACAUUGUGAUACCCCACAUUGUCCCUGGAAGAUCUGGUUCACUUUAACCCGUUUGCCAUCCUGCUCAAAGGUUUCUCAGAAUUUGAUCAGAGCUUUUCCUAGGCAUAUUUACAGCCCAAUCCUAACCAGUCUCACUAAUUUCUAAACCUGUUUUCAGUUGGUGUAUUCUCGGUAGGGAAGGGGAAUAAUUUAGGUUCUUUAGCUUUUGAUUUAAGACCGAGGAAGGAUCAAACUGACACCUGGUGCUACUGCCUGUUCCAAAGGAAAGAGGAUCCACAUGCAAAUUGCUCACAACACAUACAAAGGAUGAAUUUGCAAAAUUAUUGUAUCUUAAGCAGAAACCAUUGACAUUUUGGAAAGGUAUUUGCAGGCCAACUGCCUCUUGAUAUUUAUGCAAGUGGUCCGUGACACAUGCUACAUGGGAAGACAAAACCAGAAAAAGCAGACUACUCGACAAAGUGGGGAAUCAUUGCAUUAAGUGCUAGUUCAGGUCUGGGAAGCCUUUUGGGCUCAUCAUCUCUGCCUCUUGGCCAUACUUACUGGGGUUUAUGGGACUUGUAGUUCAGCAGUGUGUGGUGGGACCAAAGUUCCCCACACCUGUCCUAGCUGACCAGCCCCUGAAUAGGAGAAAAACUGAGAAUCAAAGUGGAUGUGACAUUAAACGCAUUAAACGCAUUAAAUGCAUUUUUGUAUUUAAGAAAGUUUUGAAAAUGCAAAUAGCAUCAGCUGAUGGGGCAUGAGGGAUUUUAACCCUUUUCCCACCUUUUAUUGUCCUGAGAAUAAUCCCACCUCUAAAACCAGUAUCUACUUUGGGAAGAAAUCCCCCAUUAGCAUCCCACGAAUGGUAAGCCCACCCUCAGUUGAUGUUAUUUGCAUUUUAAGAAUUCUGCACAUUCAGUGCAAAGAUGCAUUUUAAUGUAUAUAGUUUGACCCUUAUUUUAUUAAAUUUAUUAUCUUCCAUCCAUUUUUAACACAUUUAGAUGGCUCACAAUUGAUGCAAUAAAAUAACAGUAAUUAUAAAGCACCAUAAAAUAUAGGUUAACACAAGUAGCCUAAACAAUGUGAGCACCCCAGAUUCAAAGCCCCUAUAAGCAUGGCUUUACAUACUUUUCUUCUACCUUCCUCACUUCCCAUAUAAGUAGGAUUAGAAGCAGAGCCCUUUCUUUCUGAAGGUUAUUACAUCAAGGUAAUACUGAGGUUAUUCUUACAGAGAGUUGUGAUAAUUUUGUAAUGCUUGGCAUCUGCAUGUUUACAUCAAAUGUCAUGCACUUACAUUCUGCUCUAUAGUCUUAUUUUAUUGUUGCCUAGAUAGCUGAUUUGCACCCACCUUGCCAAGUUAAGAAUAUUUUAGUUAUCAGUGCUUUGUUGCUAGAACUACCUCCAGAUUUUGAACUAUGGGCCCACUUAGCACUCACCACUGAUUUAUAACCGUGGUGGGGAACCUGUGGCCCUCCUGAUGUUACUGGACUAUAUAACUGUUCUCAUUCUAGAUCAUUUGGUGUGCUGGCUGGAGCUGAUGAGAGUUAAGGGCCGAUGCCUGACAUUUGGGAUCAAAUUUCUCAUUAUAAACAGCAUACUUUCAUUUUUUAAAAAAAUUGAAGUAUUGUAUAACACAAAGAAUGUGGUACUGUAUAACUUAUUUCAUGCUUUAUACUUCUGUUUUAUUUCAGAAUCAUUUGGACAGAACUAUCCAGAGGUAAAUGUCUCCCUCACUCAAAGUUGACACAUUCUAUUCUAAUGUUGUUUGGCUUGUGACUUGGUUUUAUUAUGUUUGAAGACGGGAAGCAGAUGUUUGCUGAACUGCAAUGUGGAUACUUGGUGUAUGUUAAAGUGCAUCAGGAAAACAUGUCUAUCCCUUCAACUUCUGAUUUUUAAUCUUGUGCAUACUUUCCCUUCAGUGUCUAGGUGAUCUCUCAAAUAGCAGUGGCCUUACUUUGCCUGAGACAUUUCAAAGGUGUGAAGCAUACUGGCUAUAUAGCUUUGAAGUGAAAUUGGUUGACAUUGAUUUUUAUACCUUUCAUUGUUUUCAGGAAGCUGAUGGCACACUGGACUGCAUUAGUAUGGCCCUUACUUGUACUUUUAACAGGUGGGGUACACUUCUAGCAGUAGGUUGUAAUGAUGGUCGGAUUGUCAUUUGGGACUUCUUGACAAGAGGCAUAGCAAAAAUCAUAAGUGCUCAUAUCCACCCGGUCUGUUCUUUAUGGUAAGAAAAUUAUCUCGAUAUGAGUUAAAUAUGAUUUAUUAUUAGCAUACUCUCAGCUUAAGUAAAAAAACACAGUGUGCAUGUCAUGGGUUCAGUAUAUCAUUUUCACAAGUUGAAACUUACACAGCUUGAACUCUGCAUGAAGUUUACACUCCAAGAGCUAAAAAGGAAAGUUGGUUUUUAAAGUCAUCUCUUUGAUAGUGAAAGCUGCUGCAGGGAAAAAAAUCAACGAAAGAUCCAGCUACACAGAUGAUUCAUUCCCCCCUCCCCACAUGCAUUCAGUAUCUUUGGAUCACAGCUAUAGACGUGAGAAUCCGAUUGCCUCUUAGAUUCUUGCAAGGGGCUUAUGCUCGCCCAGUGGAUCUUUUGAUCUUUUCUUUGAAUUGAUGAGCUCCAUUCUGUAUCACAGACUACUUUUGAAACGCACUUCAGUUUCAAAAUCAGUUUAACUUACAACAUGGGAUGCGCCUAUCAAAGAAAAACAAGUCUAAAUCCCUUUGAGCUCAUGAAAUUAUCCUUUCCUUUGAUCCUGGCUGCUUUGCAUCCACCUGCUGGGAAACUGCGGAAUAUAAGCCUUAAAUAAAUAAAUAACUUCCAUUUUCCAGCAUGGAUAACUUUUUGAAUUUGAACUUCAUCAUUCUAGAAAUAUUUUGCUUGUUACUUUUUAUUGGAUACUUCAGGACCUCAUUGUUGGAUUUUUUAAUAACACACAGGAAAAAAAAACCUCAGUGUUUUGCUGUAUCAAGUGUUUGUGGGUUUUGUAGGCUUUUCAGUGCAAAAGUCAUAAAGUAUUUUUUAUUACAAAUGCUUUGUUUCAAGAUAUUUUACAAUCACCAUUCUGUUCUGCUAUAAAUGCAUUGGUAUCUUAGUAAAUUUAGCUUGAGUUGCAGUAUAGAGCACUAUUCACUUCAGCGUGGUUAAAAUAAUAGUCCCAAAAACAGAUAAUCUAACUGAUCAGUUCUGUAUACUGGCACCCCAGUUUAAAUACAUUUACUUGGAUGUUCCUUUGAUAGAACACUCUUUUGAUUUGAAAGCAUAUUAUGAGCCAGUAGCUCUGACCAUUUUAAAUAAUAUUUGUGGGGAUAGCAACAAAACAAAGGUUGCAAUCUUUAACUUUCUCUUCCAGUUGGAGUCGAGAUGGCCACAAAUUGGUGAGUGCGUCAACUGAUAAUAUGGUAUCUCAGUGGGAUGUUCUGACUGGUGAUUGUGACCAGAGGUUUCGUUUCCCUUCUCCGAUCCUGAAAGUCCAGUACCAUCCCCGCGAUCAGUAAGUAAUACUAACAAAGACCUUUCCCUAGAGCAGUCUUGGAAAACCGAAUGGUUUCUUGCCUACCGUGUUCUAAUCAAGACUAUAUGUCAUCAUUUGCCUUAUUCAACACAGUUCUUUACUGUGGGCCAUAUUCAACAAAAUAUGGGAGCCCAUGCAACAAGUCCUACUAGCACAACAGGGGUCCUACCUCCUACAACACAGCCCUCAAAUCAAUUUAGAGGGGAGCAGUUGGGAGAACCCCCAUAACAGCGUGCAGGGGCUGGAGACGAGGGGUCCUUAGGUCUGGCAAUCAGAAAUGCUUGUGCUGAUCAUCAUCCCAGUGUGGUGCUGAAUUCCUCCACUACGAGAGAUUAUCUGAAGCUUUGUUCUUGGAAGUCAUCAAUAUGCUGGUGAUAGUUCAAUAGCAGUCUUCAGAAGUGGCCCCUCCAUGCAUAUAGCCAAUACAUGAAGAGGGGUACUGGGAUCCUGCCGUGCAGUCUGAGACGGUUGACUGCUCACUUCCCACUCCCACCUCCUGACAUCUGGCAUUGAGGGGAUCUUUGCACAGAUAGUUGUACAUGCAGAGACUCUUAAUCCUAGUGGGUGGCCAUCUUUAUAGCCCAAUUCAAUAUGCUGCUACUUGUUUUAAAGCAUGACUACCAUGUGAUUGAAGAAUAGUAGCCAAGUAAUAGAUUAAAUCUGCAUUAAUUUGCAUUUGUGGAAGACCACCAUAAUUCUAAAGAAAAAGAUGCAGACACCUCAUGCAAGAAAGGGCUCUGCCAAGCUUCUGCUUUCUAUCUGCAGUGUCUUGUCUGCAUCCCUAAGCCUUUUGCCCGGAGGGCUUUCCCUGCCUUGAUCCCAUCCCCCUCAUCUCUGUGUUCUCUCUCUUUUCUUGUCCUCGUUGAUCUCUAGCUCUGCAGCCUCUGCUUUCAGGCAUACACAAAGUUCCUGCAUCCUUAGAAACCUCCUUUUAGCCCACCCCUUUUUCCCCUGUUACAAAAGAGACACCAGGUAAGAAAAUAGAAAAUUUGAGAAUUUCUUUUUUUGUUUCUUGUUGGUUUCUAUUUGUUUAGAAACAGGGUGUUGGUAUGUCCAAUGAAGUCUGCACCUGUCAUGCUAACAUUGUCUGAUUCAAAACAUGUUGUCCUACCAGUGGAUGAUGAUUCUGAUCUGAAUGUGGUGGCUUCUUUUGACCGGCGAGGGGAAUAUAUCUACACGGGGAAUGCUAAAGGGAAGGUGAGAACUCACUGAACUAAUAUUUGGUGGGUAGCGGGUUCAGUUUUCUAAUUUGUAUGACUUGCCUUAGAAGUGUUGUAAAUAGAAGAAACGGGCUUCCCUUUAUUGCUGUCUUGGUUCUCUCUCUCAGCUCAAAAUAUUCCAGGAAUAUCAUGAUUCUAAGCAAAAUUUAUUUCAGCUUUGAUGAAGCAGCUGGGUACACAUUAUCUAAAAUAGACUAUGCAGAAAAAAAAUUAUCUUAUUCAGAAAUGAAAGGUUGUUAACAUGUGAGGGUCACAGACAACUGCACCAUAGUGCCUUGACUAUAGUUUGUGUAUGCCACAUUCAACCCAUUGAUGGAUGUGAGAAAAUUACACACACACACACACACACACACCUUGGCACCCUUUUGUACAUCACCAUUGCUUGAUCUACAUUAUUGACAUUCUUCCCUACCAGUUCUAGCUGUGUAUGCAGUUGCUGGCUUCUUUACAUUUCUAAUGAACGCUUAUAUUUUUUUAAUGAAGAAUUCAGCUUAGGCGCUCUGACAUAUCUGCUGUGAACUGAAUCAGAUACUAACUGUGUAACUUCAUAACAUUUCCUAUUUAAAUAAACAGCCCAAAUGCUUUGAAAUUCCCCACCCCGCACCCGUCUGUGUCCAAGAAACCUUCAGAAUUUAAUGUAGUGAACAAUGUCAUCAUGGGACUUUUUCUUUUGGACAGAUCCCAUUUUAGAGAAUGAAUUGCAGGCAGUUGCUGCACAGAGAUUGUCUACUCUCAUUCCAUACCUGCUCCAUUGGAUUUCACUAUCUUAAAUUGAUGGUGUUGCUGGUGUUGAACUUGCCACUAACCUCUCCUUUUUAUUGAUGAUAGAGGAAGACAUGGUUCCUUGCUUAGUUGUCUCAUAAAUCACUGACAGGACUGACUUUUAAUAGCACACUUUGAUGUCUGUGCAGACUUUUAUUGCCUUUCCUUAUGAACUCUAAACAAGAAGUGUAUGUGGUGAAAAGGUCACAGUAAAAGUUACCUGAUUUAUUUUUACUUACGUUGUUAGAUCUUGGUCUUAAAGACAGACACUCAGGACCUUGUUGCUUCCUUCAGAGUAACUACAGGAACCAGCAAUACUACAGCUAUUAAAUCUAUAGAGUUUGCUCGAAAAGGAAGGUGAGUUGAAGACUUUGACUCUUUCAUACAUGGAGAGCUGCUGUUCAAAUAACAUUGUCCUUGGGAAGGCCUAAAGGAGGUAUUUGGUUGUACCUUUGGUCUUAGUUUGUACUUGAUUAACUUGCCAGUGCUUGUGCUUGUAGGGGUAAGAGUUUCAUUACUUUUUAGUCUUACUGGUGAUUUAGUUUUAAUUUAUUUUACUGUACAGUGAUAUUGCUAUAUUGGAUGCUUUUAAUUAACUCUUACUGUAUAUCACCUAGAGGCUCGGGUGGAAGUGUAACAAAUAAAUUCAAUGAAAUAUUAAUAAUAAUACUAGGAUCCUGGUCUAUGGGUUUAUCCUAUUUCUUAUAUAACCUGCUGGAGCACAGUGGCUCAGCAGUAUAUUUGGAAUGAAUGGUUUUACAGCAUUUUGUAUCUCUUUCCCCUCCCUUAGUUGCUUUCUAAUAAAUACUGCUGAUCGCAUAAUCAGAGUCUAUGACGGUCGGGAAAUCUUGACUUGUGGUAGAGAUGGAGAACCAGAGCCAAUGCAAAAGCUGCAGGACUUGGUGAACAGGUAGGAAUUAUCUGUCUUGAGUCAGGGGCAUGUGCGUUUCAGUAUUCAAAGGCCCUACUGCUAGUUUGUCCUCUGGUAUAACUUCAUUUCUCGAAGCUUGAAAAACAAGCAUUCUACCCCCUAAAGACCCUGAGUGUUGUUGUUCCAAAGGAACUAGGUCCAGAUUGCCUGCUUCCUGGCUCUCAGAGCCCUUUCUUCUGCAGUAAAGCAGGAUCCCCUUUCUAUAUUGUGCAACACUGUCCACAAUUACUUUUUGAAUAUGGGGGGGGGAUGAGUCUUCUGUAAUCCAAAAAAUAGGCUGUAUUUUUUUUACUUAAAUUCAAAAUAUAAUCUCUAACAUAGCAUCAUGUAGUGUAAAGAGAAGCCUGAGAUUCAUAGACAGGGCAGUGUUUGGAUUAAUUGCUGCCUUUACUACAUUUAUAAAACAUCUUUCUGCCAGUGCACUCAAGGCAGUUAAAAGUUUUAAAUCUUCAUUAUUGAUAUUAUUUCUUCUAGUUGUUAAACACUUCAUAAACAAGUUUUCUAGGCAUUGUACAAGUUGAUUUAAAACAUAACAAUUAUAUUGUAAAACCUGCAGUCAAUCUUAAAUUUCCAACCCAGGAUGAAACCCAAAUGCAAAAAGCCAACACAAUAAAAUGCAACACAGAUCACAGGAGCUUAAAACAGCCAUCGGUUAGCAGAUCUAAAACCACUAAGAUGCACUACAGUUAAAGCCUUCAAAUGCCCUGCAGAACAGAAAACUCAUGGUGUGGGAAGAGGAAACUAAGAUGGUCAUGGCCAGUCGUCUGAGGGUGGGGGCAACGGGGUGGGCAUGCGGCAUUUGGGGGUGUUUUGCUAUCUCACCUUUCCCUCUGAUGCAGCUAGGUUGUUUGGCUGCUAAUGAAGAUAGAACUGGUUUUUGCUAGGCUGGUGGGGGCAGGGGCUCAUCUCAAUGCUCCCUUUGAAGCAGCCAGAUGGAAUGAUGGGAGUUGUUGACAGUUCCUUGCUUAGCUGCCAGCCAGGUCCUUCUCACAGUUUUUAAGUCGCUCCUCUGCACCAGCUACUGUCCUAUUCUUAUAUUUUUCUAUAAGUUCACAUCAGUUCUGGUUGCUUACAAAAGCGACUGAACACAGCAUCAAAGUCUGCAACAACGCAAUAGCAAGGCAAGUGAAGCAACUGCAACCUGCAUAUAGUUUUUCAAGCUUUCUUAUUUUCUUUUAGAUUUGUUUGCGUGAGACUUAAGAUCAAAGAAGUUAUUUUGGGGGAAUGUAUCCUGACUUGACCGAUUUGUAUAACUUGCAUUGUGGAAUUUACUAUUUGCAGUUUCAGAGAAGCCCACUUCCAGCUAUGCAUAAUCAUCUUUUAACAAUUGCAAUUCUUUUGAACCCUUGCUUCUCCCUAGUGUACACUUGAACAAGGUUCUGUUAAUUGCUAUUUCUACAGGACGCCUUGGAAGAAAUGCUGUUUCUCUGGCGACGGGGAAUACAUUGUUGCAGGGUCAGCACGUCAGCAUGCUUUGUACAUCUGGGAGAAGAGCAUUGGGAACUUAGUGAAAAUCCUCCAUGGCACAAGGGGAGAGCUGUUGCUAGAUGUGGCAGUAAGUACUGCAUUGUCUCCUCCUAACAGGAUUCACAACUUUGGGCCAGACUGUAUUUUUAAAAAUGUACCGCUUUUCUUCCCUCUUUCUGGUAUAAUCUAGUGGCAUCCUGUCCGACCUAUCAUCGCUUCUAUUUCCAGUGGUGUAGUAUCCAUAUGGGCUCAAAAUCAAGUGGUAAGUAGUACUGAUGCAUUUUCUUCCAUUUCUACACUUUAAUUUCCCUGGAUGACCCUUAUUUCAUUGGUCAUUCUGGUUUUAUUUUUUGCCAUUAUUUGCAUAAGCUUUUACACUGCAGGACCAACAUCUUUCUAAAAAUACUAGAGAAAAUCAAAUAAUUUCAAAACUGAUAAAAAACUGUUUGUAGCCAGAGGGUUGCAAGAAUGAUUUUCACUGAAGAGAGAAGAAAAAUGGGAAGAGAUGAAAGAGAUCCUGAUUUCACGUUACGUAAAACAAGUAACUAGCCCUCUUGUUUAGUAGGCCUUGUGACUCUGUAUCUCAAAGAAGGACUGGUCCUAUGAUGUCGCACAUGGUUUGUGGCACUUUGGUGCAUAGCUCGGGUGUGAUUAUAUAGCUGCUGUACCAGGGCACGAACGUAAAAUGUUCUUUGGAUUUGUGGCUUAGGAAAACUGGAGUGCCUUUGCACCUGAUUUUAAGGAACUGGAUGAAAAUGUAGAAUAUGAAGAGCGAGAGUCUGAGUUUGACAUAGAAGAUGAAGAUAAGAGCGAGCCAGAGCAGACAGGUAAAGAAUGCAUUGACUGAAAUUGCCCAGUGUAAAAGUAUAUGGACUGUGUAUAGUUUUGCAUCCUUAUUGUGUAGCAUCAGCCCAGAUUACCCCCUUCCUCUGCCCCCAGAACUGGAGCUGCAAGCAAUCUUCGCCUCUUGGUGCACAUCAGGGUACAAGAUAAUACUGAGGUACAAAAAGCACCUCAGUAUUAUUCUCUCAAACUGUGUGUGAAUGGCAGAGUAAAAAACGCAAUAAUCAGUGAUGCCCUUUCUGAGUUUGAUGAUAUACCGUAUUGGCCUUAAAAUAAGCCGCACUUUCCCCCCAAAUUCCAACCGUGAAAAGUUUAAGUGUGGCUUAUAUUUGCAACUUUACGGUAUGCAGCCAGGAGUGUGGCAAAGUGGCACCAGCCCCACGCAUAGUCCCACGUCCUCUAACCCAAAGCCGGAAAGCGAGAGAGCAAUGAAGAGGAAAGGCCACUGGCAACGCAGUGCGGCUCCCCCCAACCCCGGCCCAGUAUGCAGCCAGGAGCAGCGAGGAAGGGAGCAGCUUAUAUUUGGGUAUUUUUCCUUUUUUUCUUUCCCCUCCCCCCCAAUUUUAAAGGUGCGGCUUAUAUUUGGGUGUGGCUUAUAUUUAGGCCAAUACGGUAUUAGUAUUUUUUUUGUAUCUUGUCCACCUCAGGAACAUUAUGUAUUCAAGGUGUGAGAUACAAAUUUAACAGUUCUUCUGAUUUAACACAGCUUGAGCCUUUGAAUCUAUAGGCCACAUAUCAAGACCCAUUUCACGGCCCGUCUAGUAUAAGGGUUAGCAAACUGUUUCUAGUUUUUGCCGCUACUACUCCUUAUUCUGUGCUGUUUUGGGAUCCCAGGUUAAUUAUUCCAGUACCCAAACUACCCACUAGGUAAUUUUCAUUUAGUUUCGUUUCCAGAGAAUGCCUUUGCAUCUAGGAAGGCUGAGCACCCUAGACUCCCUUUCCAGUGGUGCUGAUGAGUCUUCCGUUACUGAUGCUUAUAUUGUCUUCAGUCCUUACUUCCUAUACUCGUGGGUUCUUGCAGUCCAAGGUUCUUGUCUUCUGUUCUUCCCUAGUUAUCUGUUGCAUUUUUCAGCCAAGCAAGAAUUCUUGUUCCGAUUCUUUACUUCCAGACUUUUAGUAGCCAUCUGUUUGAUGUCUUCAGAGAGUUGUUAUCCUACUGAUCAAGGUUCUGUGGGCAUUUAAAACUACCGCUGGUGCUUAAUGGCUUGUUCACUGACAGCUGAUUUAGCUGCAAUCUGGUCCAACACAAACCGCAGUCCUGCAGAAUUUAAGCAGGUACUUCCUAGUAUUUGGAAAAAGGGGACUUAAUUACUGAAGUCGGUGCAAAGGCUCACAUUCCACUUAAUUUUCACCUUUGCAAGAUUUAUGUUUUAACAAUGUACCUAGGCAAACAAGCUUCAGUAAUUCAUGAAAUGUCAUAGCUGUUGCUAGGGAAACAAGGUUGAAUGUAAGGCAAUAAAAGCACAGAUUUGUGAUGGUGCCAAACAAGGUAAGUAUACAGCAGGAUUUUUUUUAAAAAGUCUGGAGAAGAAAAGAGGCUCACUUCUCAUUGCCAUUUUUUUCCAUUGCCAAUUAUUUUGUAAGAAGUUAGGCAUCAGAACAGCAUGAGUUUAAUUUUGUGACAUAGGGCUUAUUUAGGCAUUAGAUGAAGCUUGGCAAUGAGACCUCUCUGUUGCUGCCAACUUGUGAUUUAGAAUUUCUUUGGUUAUCAGGUGCUGAUGCUGCGGAGGAUGAGGAAGUGGACGUCACCAGUGUAGAUCCCAUUGCUGCUUUUUGUAGCAGGUGAAUGUGGCGGCGGCGAGGGUGUUGAAAGACUGCACACAAUAAAUAUUUGCUGAUCACUAAAAAGAUAUGUUCACUAGGACUGUCAACUAAUUAAAGAAAUCUUAGUUACGGGUUUUAAUAGAUGAACAGUGCAGUUCUGUGCAGGCUUACUCUGAAGAAAGUCACCCUGUGUUCAGUAAGACUCUCCCUGGCUAGGCCAGUUAGGAUUGCAGAGUAAAUAUGCAUAUCUUUUCAUAUGAGGAAGGCAGAGCCUCCCUAUGAACCUAUUUAGGCUCCCCAGGCCUUCCCAUUGGGCUGCUGUGUGGUUUGGCUCAAAUCAUGGCCACCUGACCAUCACCUGAUGUCACUCGACAGGUAAACUUGGUUCUUUCCUUACAGCUUCUAGUAGAGUUCGGUGUUUCUUGAAUUUGGCUCCUUUUUCUGUCAUCCUGCAGCAACAGAAAAAGAUGCCAAAUUCAAAAAGGGCCCAAUUGCAUAUGGAAAGGAAGAGUUGCUUAGAAAUGCUCCCAGUUCUUCCUUUACAACUCAGCUUGAAUUCAAACUAGGCUGCAAAGGAAGAACGGAGAGGACAUUUCAGAUUCUACCUUUGAAGUUGAAUCACCUGAUCUCCAUAUGAUUUACAGGUGAGCAGCCCCACCCACCAGUCAAAAUGACCUGUAGGAGAAGUUCUGGAUCUAGUGUGGCCAAUGGCCAGGGAUAAUGGGGGUCAUAGUUAGCAAAAUCUGAAGGGCCAUGGGUUAGCCAUUCCUGCUGUAGAGUGUGUCUGAAUGGCUAAUUUUGGAGGUCAGUGUAGCUCUUGUUCUGGAUAAGAACACAAGAACAAAAUUGUGUUUGUGUGUAUUUUUUCAAUCCUGUAGCAUGAGUUCUGUGUGUUUAAUGGGAAAAAAUAAAAUUUCCUUGGCAGCGAUGAAGAAUUGGAAGACUCCAAAGCUUUGUUGUACUUGCCUAUUGCUCCUGAAGUGGAAGACCCGGAGGAAAACCCUUAUGGUCCUCCACCAGAUGCAGUGCAGACCGCCUUACCUGAUGAGGGAAUAGGCUCUGAAAAGAAGAGGCAGUCUUUGUCUGAUGGACCUCAGCCACCAAAGAAGAAACCUAAAACAACCAACAUAGAACUGCAGGGAGUACCCAACGAUGGUGAGGGAGAAUUGCUAUCAUUGCUGCUGUCCAAUAUCUUCAUAACUUCAGAUUAUAUUAGAACUUAGCGAAAAUGGCUGUGAGUGGUAAAUAAGUCCUUUCUCAGCUUGUGCCAUUACGAUUGACAGGGCAUUUGAACUGCUAGAUAAGCUAGGGUUGCCAUAUUUCAAAAAGUGAAGCGAACACAAAAGUUGUUGAGUUUUUUUUAGAGUUUUGCCCUAAGUUGUUGAGCUUUGCAAAAUCUUAAAAAAGAAUGAAGUUGUUGAACUAUUUUUAAGGGAAUUCAGCAAAAUCUAGACUUCCAACAUGGUUUUGCCAUGCGUCCAGAUCUUCCUGGACAUUUCCGCAAUUUCCACCUGGACACUGCUUCCGACAGCCACUAUAUCCAGGAAAAUCCAGGCGUAUGGCAACCCUAAUUUAAGCAAGUAAGAUCCCUGUGUUUCUUAGAUCUCAUUAUCUUACUCACUUGGGGCUAACAGUACUGAAUCUUUCCUCACGUGCUUAGAAUUUUUGCCUGGCUGCACUCCUCAUUAUAGGCAUUCCUCGUAUCUGUGACCACUGAAUGGAAAUUAUGGUCAAUUAGCUCAAGUACUUGUUUAGUAACCUGUGGUGUUAUACAUUUCCUCUAAAGCACCUGGAGCAGGUGCUGUCUUGACCUGAGUAGACCAGUUUAUUCUUCGGUUCUAUACAACAAACUGCUGGCAAACUCAACUUAAUUCUAACUUCCAGCUCAUCCUACUGUCCUAAAAUGAUUCAGAACCGCUGCUCUCCCUUUCUUAUUUCUAAAAAAAGAGAAAAAUGCCAUAAGUCCCCUUUCCUGUGUUAUGGCACGAGCCUUCAGAGAUCUGCAAAGUACACAGGGCGAGUAAAUGCACUGUAAACUGAAAAGAUGUACUUCCUGUUCCAAACCUGCCUCUUCCUUUGCAGAAGUCCAUCCGCUUCUGGGUGUGAAAGGAGAUGGUAAAUCCAAGAAGAAGCAAGCAGGCAGGCCUAAAGGAUCAAAAGGUAAAGAGAAAGAUUCUCCAUUUAAACCGAAACUCUACAAAGGGGACAGAGGUUCUUUACCUCUGGAAGGAGCAGCGAAGGGUAAAGUGCAGGCGGAGCUGGGACAGCCUUUGCCAGGUAAGGACCCAGCGUGAGCAUCUGCUUGGUGACCUUGCUUCGUACAGACAUGGCAUAGCCUUAGCACUUUAGCUCCCCAAAUGGCAUUUGCUUGCUGAGUGUUUUAGCUGCUCUGCUUUCAAGGACAGACAAAAUUUUGCUUCUUGGAACAGGACGGUUGCCCUCGUUGCCGCAAAUAACAAUAGGCACCCACAAGUUGUAGGCACAUCAAGUAAAUAACGCGAAGGCUGAGAAAAAUAAGACGUGUUAUACAGAAAUGGCAUCAAGCCAUUAACUUGCGGGUUCUCCUCCUAGGACUGUGCAUCAUUGGCGACACACAACCCAAAUUUGCUAGUCGUGAAGGCUGUUUGGAGUCCAAAGCAGAGAUAAAAAAUGAUGGGGAGCAUGCAGAGCUAAAAUAUUGUUGCGUGACACUCUUGUGAAAUAUCUGAUGCUGCAAAAAAAGAAAAGAUUAAAGGGGAAAAGGGAGUAGCUAUCCCACAGUAGCAUUUCUGGUGACUGUGGUUGAGUUUCAUUGCCUAUGAAAAUUUAGUGAUGUGUCCAUAUUACGGAUCCAUGCUCUGGACAGUUGCUUGCUAGUUGGAAGGUUGCUACCAAGAGUUUUAAAACUGGCUCUGUGUAUUUUAUCUAAGCAAGUUCAAUAAUACUGGCAGUAAGUUGAAUGCGAGAGUUCUACAUCCCAUUACUUCAGUGCUAUGCAGGUGAUCAAUGCCCAUAUUUUACUCCUCUAAUUGUGUGUAAAUUUGGGAAAGCUGCUUUCUGCCCAGUUUGACAAAGUUCAAGGAGGCAGGAGAAAGUGGGUUUUGCAAGGAAUAGGAAGUGACUUUUGAUCAUAUUUUAUAUAAAAAUUGUUACACGUAAUAGGGAUUCAGAUGUGAUAUUUAUGUGCAAAAUUUUGUAUGUCCUUGAAGUUCAGCAGCUAUUGCUGUGAAUUUUUUUUUAUAAUCUCCAGAACAGCUAUUUUUUUUAACCCCUUCUUUCCCUCACUGCUGGUCCUGUGUUACCCAGCUUGCUCAUUGUCCUUCCUGCUCUGCUCCUGUUAAGUUGCUUCUGUAGUAUUAAUAAAUGCAUUGAGUUAUUGCUUACAAGUGAUGCAAUGAACAAAAUGUGGCACCUUUCCAAAGCAGAAAUCUGUUUGAUUUGUUGUUUUCCUGCUAACUUAUGUUUGUUCUCUAGCUUCUCAACAAAACUGUUUUAGUAAGUAAUCAGUGGCAGAACUUCUUGUAAGACACCCCCUCCCCUCCAAAAGGUACCCUUGAAGUUUUGCAGAAAUGAGAUUGAGAUCAAAUGGCACCAUGCUACACAUUUUCUGAAAUCUUAAACUAUAGUAGGUAUAUGCAGGAGAGCCACCAUGUUAAAAAGUAUGGGUGGUAUCUGACUAAAUCAUACUUGAAACAGGCCCAUCAAAAUGAAUGGGCAAGUUAACAUUUGCCAGCGUAAGUCCAUAGAUUUCCAUGAGUCUGCUCUGAAGAAGUCAGAUACCAUCCAUUAAUUGUUCAUGUUUUUGACAAUGCAAACAUAUUACUUGGACAGAGCAGAAUUAGCGGCCAAAUCCUUAAAAAAAACCCCACACACAAUUUUCUAGAUUUGUUUAGAAGUUUGCAACUAUGAAGUCUUUGUGACUUUAUUUGGGGAGUGUUACAGAACCAUGCAAGCUGAUGCAGAAAUAGAUGCCUGCACAUGAGAGGAGGCAAGAAACCAAGUUAACGGGAUGCCUGUGCCAGAAGAACAGUAUUUCAUCUUUCCUCCUGGUGUGGGCUUACUGUCAGAUUGGUGCUUUGGGGUAUCCUCUGUUAGACUCAGAUACAACUUCUGUAUUCAGAAAUGUUGACCCACUCAAGGCGUGAACUGUAGAGCAGGUGCUCUGCUUUUCACAGUCAAGCUCUGGCCUGUUUUUGGUUGUUAAUUAAAAAUGCUUAGGAAAAUGCUUGUCUUGUCUUCAACAACUUUCUGGGGGAAAAUAGGAAGCUACCUUAGAGUGCAUCAAACCCUUAGUCCUAGCUCAGCAUUAUACUUGCUGACUGGCAGUGGCUGUCCAGGAUAUUAAGCAGAAGUCCUUUGCUGCCUAACCAGGAGAUGCCAUGGAUUCAACCCGUGGCUUUUUGCAAGGAAAGCAUGUGAUCUACCACUGAAUGGUGGUUUUUCUCCUAUGCAACAUGCUUUCCCUUAAGUGUAAUAUUUUGAAGCAGGGGUAGCAAACUGGUGGCCCACAGGCCUCUAAAAUAUCUUUCUCUGACUUGUAAGCAGCUGUACCAGAUUUGAAUGAAGGUAUGUUUUUCUUUUAAAAAAAGGUUGAAGAAAAUACUAUUUUAAAAACUGUAAGGGAGAAAGAGAUCCCUUAUUUUAAUACCACACGAUCCAAAUGUAGUCCUUACUGCUAGGUGGCUGCUUUAUUAUAGAGUCAUGGCAUCCUUAAAUGGGGUUGAGUUUUGUGGCAAAAAUAUGCUUCCUCCUUUGGACCAUUGCUGGGAGAGUGGCUGUCAAGAGGUCAUUUGUUUCAUUUGCUGGUGUUCAGUCAAGACCGUCAGACAUAAAAAUCUUGAUACUGAAUGCCUCAUCCACUGACACCCCCCUUAUUAUUAAGUAAAAUGUGCCAGAAAAAGUUCCUUAUGGAACUUUCCUGCUUUAGGAUUUAAAAGGGUUUAUUUAAGUUCAUUCUGUUGGUUUGUGUGGGAAGCCUUGCAGUCCAAGCCACUAGGCAUUAGUGUUUGAGGUUCCAUUUUGAAUUCCAGGCGCCAUCUUGGAGGAGACACGAGCUGCCUCCUCGUGGCUCAUCCCAAACCUAAUGAUUUUAAUCACUCAGAAGUGCCAUCUACUCCCAGGAGGGAUUGAGCUGUUAGGCAGCUCCCUGACUUACUGCUCUAUUCCUAUUGAGGUUCAAAGCCUUCUUAGGCUCAAGUGCCAUGCAACAUAUUUAUAUACAACUGUCUUGAUUCAGGAAAAGAUAUAACUGUAAACAUGGCUUUAGUCUCGGUAUGUACUUGUAAGUAGCCAUAUCAAGACUCCAUUGUUCAAAAGCACAUUUCAACUUGUGCUUUUUAGUCUCUGGAAAAUUUGAGCUCAGAAAAGGACCGAACACUGUGCUGCUUCCUUGCCUUGCACAGAGCACGGAUAAUAAAUUGAUACCGAGCUGUAAUCAUCGCACACCUCCUGCCUCAACUGCCUGCCUGCUCUCCACAUCCUCAAUAAUCCCUUCCCUUUUCCCAUGCAGAGUUCACAGACAGCAAGUGUGCUUACUAGCUACAACACAAGUCUGUACAACUUCCUUAUUCCCUAUACUUAAACCAGGUAAGCUUGCAGAAAUCCCAGUGGCAGGGAAUUACUGAGUUUCUCAAGGAUCUUAUCCAGUUCUGACAUCCCUUUUUUAAAAACAUUUUUAAAGACUUCUAAUCAGAAGCAGAGAAAUGAAGCAUCAUAACAUGUUGGACAAAAGCUUCCCCUUUAACCUCUCUGCGUCAGUUGGGAGUGGUCUUGUACAAUCCAGCUUCUGGUGUUGCAGGUAUCUGUGAGAGUCCUUUUAAAAAUGUUGUUUUUUAAUAUUCAAAAAUAUUUGAUUUUUGGUUUGGUGUUUCUUUUAGCAGGUGGUGGUAUUUCAGAGCUAUUAUGAAGACUUCCCAACCUUCCUCACCUUUCCUUAUUCAGUCAGAUAAUGGACUGACUUUAAGCUACUAUGGUCAGGACAAGUGACCUGGCUACCUAUGGAUACAGGGGACAUUAAAAAAAGAAGAAAAUGCAAAUUAUGGAAGAGGAAAAUGCUUUCCCCAAUCCUCUCUUCCUGCUAACAGUGAACAAACUGUUGACUCUCAGGAAAGAAGAUUUGUAGAGAACCUGAUGGAAAGGAACUGCUUUUUGCUGGUUAGUCUGCAUUUGCUCCCCAAAGUACAAUGAAGUCUGUCACAGGACGAGAAGACCUGCUUGCCUCCAAGUUUAAGGUCUUUUAGUUUCUGUUGCAUCAUUCAAUUCUCAAGAGGAUGAUUGUCGUGUCUCCAUGAAGACCCAUCAUGCUGCUGUGGAUCCCAGCACAUUCCUAUUGCAGUGUUGCUAGUUUAAGCAAACUACUCUUUGCACCAUUAUUUUCUCUGCAUUAUUCACACUGGUUUGCAUUGACUUGGUAGACCUGCUUUUUAGGUACCCUUUAUACAGCAAGACAACUUACCUUACAGGUUGCCUACUUUUGCCGGUUUGGAACAGACAUUUGGAAUCCAAAUGACUCCAAAGAGGUUUAUAACUGAUUGGAUACUGAUUGCAAGAACCAGGGAGGGCAGAGUGGAUGUAUAUCUAGAGAGAAAGAAGAGGGUUGGGAUGAUGUUGGGCCAAAGCAUGAGUGGCAUACGUCUCGGCAUGUUUCCAUGCUGGACUUCUACAGCUCAAGAGACGCUCAUUUUCCCUCCACUCAAGGAUGUGCCAGGCAAAUGAGCAUCUCCCUGGGAAUGUUUAGAUGAAUCUGCACACAAGACAUGGGAAUAUACUGUUUAAGUCAUUUAUGUUUCUGCUUUGUGUGCUAUCCAAAGCCAUCCAGAGAUUUCCGUUUUUGGCUUGGCCUGUAUUAGAAAAGAUUGCAUCCUGCAUUUUUCAUUUCUUGCCAUUGCAGUUGUUUAUUCAAAGUCUUAUCAGUCUCCUAAAUCAGGAGAUUUAUUCCCCCCCGCCUACCCAAUCUCCAGAAUAUACAUGAGCAUCUUGCAGGAGGUUCAAUUGGCCCAUGGGAUGCAUUGGGAAAUGCAGAGAUAAAACUUGCAAACUAACUUCAAAAUAUUGAUUUGAAGUCCCAUAUAUUGUAUUGUAUGAUAUAAUUUAUGCCAUCCCCAACCACCAGGUGUUCUGUGCAGCCUUCCGCUGUAUAGUCCUACUACUUUCUACCUGCCAGUCCAUCCAAAGAUGGGAAGGCUGCUUGGGUAGCAAUCACUGCUCUGCAUAAUAUGGUGUCCUGGAUUCCAACCAGCUUCUGCAGGUUUCUCUACUUCAGUGUCCAUCGCUUAGUUUUCUUUCAGGCUUGCUUUAAUUAAUUUGAUAUUCCUGUAGCUUGUACAAAACCUGCCAGAUAGUGUGAUUGGUUGCUAGUUAUUCAUAAAGUACUGCUGUGAUGGUAGUAUUUGUGUUUGUAAAUAAAGAAGUAUGUUUUAUUAAA